ACACAGGUUAGACAGAACACAUACCUGUCCUCCUCUUCCUCAGACACAGGUAAGACCGAACACAUACCUGUCCUCCUCUUCCCCAGACACAGGAAACACCUGUCCGUCAAGUUCCCGGAGGACACGCCCAUCACUCUCCCCACCCUAUUACGCUUCAUCCUGAAGCACUCCGACUCCGCCCACCAGCCAAUGAAAGCAGACGGAUCCGACCCUCACCCUCACAUUCUCCUCAAGGCGGAGUUCCGCGCUCUACAAGGAGAAGUCCAGACAUUACAUCGUGCACGCCAGCGCCUCUCCAACCAACUGGCCCAGCUGUGGCGAGACAACCGGCGGUUAUCCUUCCACGCCGUGGCCCUGGAGACCCACAAUGCACUGCUGCAGUCCCAGAAUGGCGAGCUGCAGCGCGAGAGGCUGAGCCUAGUGGAGCAGCACAAGGAGAAGAGUCGUCAGUUAGGGGAGGCGGUCAGGAGACUACAGGAACUAGCGGACGCAUCAGAGAACCUUCUCACUGAGAAUACGCUGCUGAGGGUUUUACUGGGAGCUCUGAGAGCCAGGGAGACAGAGAGAGGGGAGGAGGAAGAGACGGGGGAGGAGAGAGGGGAGGAGGAAGAGACUGGGGAGGAGACAGGGAGGAGGAUGAGGAGACAGAGGAGGAGAGGAGUUAUAUGGCCUCUUGACGGGGGAGGAGAAUACCCUGCUGAGGGUUUUACUGGGAGCCCUGAGAGCCAGGGAGACAGGGGAGGAGGAGGAGACAGUGGAGAAGGAGGAGGAGGAGACAGGGGAGGAGGAGGAGACAUGGGAGGAGGAGGAGACAGGGGAGGAGGAGGAGUUAUAUGGCCUCUUGAUGAAGGGGCAUGUCAUGCCAAGUAAUGCUGGUAGAACGGAAACCGCUGAUGAAUCACAGCCUCUUGACACCUCCCCCUAGAAGAAAGAGGAGGUACUAUGGGGGGCCCUGACAGAUGGCGGGAGUAGAGGAGGAGCGAGACCAGAGGAACCACAGCUUCAUAAUGCUCUCCUAGUGGAAGGAGGGAACACGACAUGGACACAGCAGCUUUAUAAUGCUCUCCUAGUGGAAGGAGGGAACACGACAUGGACACAGCAGCUUUAUAAUGCUCUCCUAGUGGAAGGAGAGAACAUGACAUGGACACAGCAGCUUUAUAAUGCUCUCCUAGUGGAAGGAGAGAACAUGACAUGGACACAGCAGCUUUAUAAUGCUCUCCUAGUGGAAGGAGAGAACAUGACAUAGACACAGCAGCUUCAUAAUGCUCUCCUAGUGGAAGGAGAGAACAUGACAUGGACACAGCAGCUUUAUAAUGCUCUCCUAGUGGAAGGAGAGAACACGACAUGGACACAGCAGCUUUAUAAUGCUCUCCUAGUGGAAGGAGGGAACACGACAUGGACACAGCAGCUUCAUAAUGCUCUCCUAGUGGAAGGAGGGAACACGACAUGGACACAGCAGCUUCAUAAUGCUCUCCUAGUGGAAGGAGGGAACACGACAUAGACACAGCAGCUUCAUAAUGCUCUCCUAGUGGAAGGAGGGAACACGACAUGGACACAGCAGCUUUAGAACCAUGUAGCGUAGGAUGUCCUCUGGGACCAGAGAGAGACGAGGAAAGAAAGGAGAUGAUACUACAGAGAAUGCAGAGUGUUGUUGAUGACGUCUCUAAGCUUCGGACUUUAGAAUGUGUGUAACACUCUAGAAUGUCCAGUCAUAAUGCCAACUCUAGAAUCCAUAAGGGCUAGUGGUCCGGGAGAAGGUUCUACCCAGUGAGGUCAGAGAGGAGCGACCAGCCUCGUCACAGAGAGACACAAAUACAAGUCAAAUGGGCAAGUGACAUGGAACGACAAGAAAUGGAAUAAGCCCAAUGGGCCGAUGAACACUAGAAAUACGUCUCAAAUGGCACCCUAUUCUCGAUGCAGUGCUAGUCUAGCUAAUAGGGUACCAUUUGGGACAUAUACCCUAGGUGAGUUUAGUAGUGAGAAGCUGUCUUCUGAAGCCAGUUUUUUUUUUUUUUUUUUCCAAGGAGCACCAAGUGAUUUCUCCAGAGAGAAUGUGCAUUUUGUUUGUUUCUUUUUGUUAAAUUAAUCUAUUUUUACAAGAAUCGCUAAAAAUGUCUUUCUAUGUUAAUUCAGGAAAAGAGAAGAUGCAGCUGUUUUACAUGUCAAAUAUUGAACAGAUUUUUACUGAUUAAAAAUGUUUUAAUUUAAUCAA